GCCCCAGGAAGUUGUCCUCUCUCUAGGUGUCGGAGCCAGGUGCGGCUAUGCUUCUGAUUCGGGCAGCCUUAGGAGCCUGGGGACCCGGUCGGGGCCUAACCCCAGCACGAAGGGCCCUGUCUACGCUGACCGGCGGAGACCUCGCAAGCCCGGAGCAUGCGUUGACUACAGGACCCCCAAGGCCCGCCGGUGUGCCCCUGCUCCGCCGCUGUGAGCUCCCGGUUCCCCAGCACCGGACCCCGGUGCAAGCCUGGGUGGAAUCCCUCCGGGGCUAUGAGGAAACGUGCUUGGGCCUGGCAGACCUGCACCCCGAUGUGUUCGCCGUGCCACCCCGGCUAGAUAUUCUACAUGAGGUUGCCAUAUGGCAGAAGAACUUCAAGAGAAUUAGUUAUGCCAAGACCAAGACCCGGGCAGAGGUGAGAGGUGGUGGGAGGAAGCCCUGGAAGCAGAAAGGCUCAGGCCGGGCCCGGCACGGGAGCAUCCGUUCCCCAAUCUGGCGAGGAGGUGGUAUUGCACAUGGUCCACGGGGUCCAACUAGCUACUACUAUAUGUUGCCUAUGAAGGUUCGAGUGCUGGGCCUCAAGGUAGCCCUGACAAUCAAGCUGAUGCAGGACGACCUUCAUGUGGUAGAUUCCUUGGAGCUGCCAACCUCAAACCCAAGAUAUUUGUUAGACCUGAUUCGGCACCGAUGUUGGGGUGACUCUGUGCUCCUUGUUGAUGUGGAUGAGGACAUGCCCCAGAACAUUGUUUCUGCUGUAUCCAACCUGAAGACCAUCAACCUGGUGCCAGCAGUUGGUCUCAAUGUCCACAGUAUGCUGAAGCACCAGACCCUGGUCUUGACUCUCAACACUGUUGCCUUCCUAGAGAAGAAGCUGUUAUGGCACGAUAAGCGCUACACAGCGCUUUACCCAUUCCGCCUGCCCUACAGCGACUUCCCUUGACCCUCCAGUAACUGGGCUUCCCCACUCUGGGUAUAUCAGAAAAAAAAAAGUCUUUGUCACUUAUU